CCCAUCCAAGCCAUGUCUGCGGGCGCCAUGCUCAUGCAGGUGAAUGUCCUCUUUCGCCGACACCUUUGGAUGUUUCUGGACCACCCCAGCCGCACCAUCCAUGCCUCUUGCGCUGUGUUUGCCGGACACAACAAGUGGUCCAAAGUCAGACACGUCAAGGGACCCAAGGAUAUGGCUCGGAGCCGCCUCUUUCAGAAGCUCUCUAUGUUGAUCCGACUAGCUGUAAGAGAAGGAGGUCCCAAUCCAGAACUGAACACUAACUUAGCCAAUAUUAUUGAGCAGUGUCGCAGCAAGAGCAUGCCAAAAGCCUCCAUCGAAGGAGCUAUUGCUGGCGGGGACAAAUCUAAAUCCACCCUCCAGUUGUACGAAGCACGUGGCCCUGGUGGUUCCUCUCUUCUAAUUGAAAUACUGACGGACAACGCAAAGAGGUCUUCCCAGGCAAUUCGACAUCUUAUGAAUGUACACGGGGGACAAAUUGCUGAUGGAGUGCGGCAUAACUUUGAGAAGAAGGGCAUUAUUGUGGUGGGCACCAAGGACCAGGCUGGCAACCCUGUCAGCUUAGAGCGGGCACUUGAGUUGGCUAUUGAAGCUGGUGCAGAAGAUGUCCAAGAAGAGGAAGAUGAGGAAGAGAAAAUUAUGCUGAAGUUCAUUUGCUCUGUGCCUACCUUGAGGGAAGUCCGUGAAAAGCUGGACGUGCUGGGUCUCUGCUCGUGUUCAGCCAGCCUGGAGUUCAUCCCAACUAUUACCGCCCAGCUGUCGGAUGAGGAGAUGGAUCGGGCAUCACAGCUGAUACAGGCACUCGGAGAUUGUGAAGAUGUCAUACGAGUCUAUGACAACAUUGCCUAAAAUUGCAGCCUUUCUCAACAGUACCUCUCUGUGAGCUGCCAAAACCCUAAAAAUUGAGUUUUCACAGACAUCAGAUGUGGGGUGCCUCUUUGCCUGUGAAAAUGGACAACUGGGAAGGGGGAGGAUUGUGGGCUGCCCUCACUGGUACCAUUCCUCACCUAGAGGCAGGCCCACCAAAGGCAAUAGUUGCAUCAAGGAAAUGUGAAUGGUGGGAGAAUGUUAGGGACAGGCCAGCAACAGCUUGGGCUCAAGGUUCUGCUCUCUGCACAGCGUCUGCCAGGUGGUGCUGCCGGAAAGGCCUACAAUCAUCUCUGGCUGGGGCUUGCUGUGUUCCCUGCUGGAGCACAGCAACUGCAGCCGCAUUGAUAGCUUUUCAGUCUUGUUGUUAGCCUAGUGCUGGCCCAGGAAUGGCAAUGAAUUGUGGGUACUCCUGAGCCAGAGGUUGAUGUAGUUCUUGAACUGCUUCCUAUGUUACCUAAACCUAGAUGUUUCCUUCAGAUGUUAUUUUGGGGUGUGACAGACUGGUAAAUCUGCAAAAUAAAUGCUUUUGAUAAAA